CUCAGGAGAAUGUCAGGGACAGAGAGAGAACGAAACGUCAGCGCGCUCAAACCGCAAGGGCACAAAUCGAAACGCCGAGAUGAUGUGGACCGUGCCGUCUCGCCCGGCGGGCUGGCCCACUGCCCGCAGCAGGGCGCGCGCGCCGUCCGGCUCGGCGACCGCAGACUCCCCGGCGCCCCCGAGCGGCGCUGACGCGGGGCCCGGCAGGGCGCGCUGACGUCACCGUGCGUCAGCGUGGGCCCAGCUUGGGCUGGGGGCUUCGGGAGCGCUGGAACGAGCCGGCCCGGCCUCUCUUCCGUCGCCGCCGCUUCUCCAGCGUCUGUGGAGGCCGCCAGGCAGCCGCGCUGUUUCCGCGUUUGCUGCGCCGGCACUGCGAUUUACAGCCCCGAAGAGUCUACUUUUUUCCCCUUAUUUUUUUUUCUCCUGCAGUAAUAAAUCCCAUUAUGGAGACCCAGAAACUGUAUAAAGGGAUAUAGUUUGAAUUUUGUGGAGUGUAAUUUUGUGUAUGAAUAGGGUAUUCAGAAAGAAGGCUAGAAGGGAUAAUUACUGGUACAUUUUGCAGAAGCAGUAAUUCUGUUGGUAAUACAAUAUUUUGUUAGGCGUUUGUGGUAACAUAGAAAGGAUAAGCUGUAUCUUGAUAAAUUGAUUUAUCUUUAAUUACCAAAUGAGUAUAUAGUAGAUGCAUGACCUUAAAUGAGAGACAGGUUAUUUAAUUUUUAAAUGGAGUAUAAAAAGUUUCAGCUGUGGAAAUUUUAUGGUUAACUAGUUAAGUUUAUGGAGAAAAAUACUUCCGUUGAUCAGGUGUAAUAAAGUGGUAUGCAAAGUUAGGAAGAAAGACAACAUAAUAAUGGUUGCAGGAAAUGGAAACAAAUAUAGACAAUAUUUAACAAAGAUGGAAGAGUUAGCAGUUUGUGAGAUUUAAGCAAAAUAAAUUUCAUUUGACAUCAUACACACUAUAAGAAGCGUAAGUUCAGUAAAGCUUGUGGGUGUUUACGUCCCCAAAAGUUGUUAGCUGAAGCUAGUAUAACCCACUUACGUAAAUACUAUGAUGAUAAGCUAUAUGAAGUUAGCCUUUAGAUAAUGUGACCAUAUAUAGCCUAGGCAAGGUGGUUUUUUCUGAUAUCAUAUUAAAGUGCUUGUAGGGAAAGAAACCUGAAUAUAGGUUUUUCCUCUUAUAGCAUACUUAGUAAUUGGCUUGGUAUCCAGGCUUUGUAGCUUAUAAUCAAAAGCAAAUUAAAGGCAUAAUUUAGAUAUUCUGUAGUUGUUUGGAAUUUUGGGAAUAUAAAUCCCCUUGGAAAAUCAAGGAAUUUUAACUUAUUUUCACAAGUGUGUCAACUUAAUUCAGGCCCUUAGGUUAGUAUUGCACCAAAUAAUGAGCAAAUAACACUUGAGUUACCUAAAAGAGUUAAUAUAAUCCCCAAGAGUGCUAAAUACUACCUAAUACUAAGUACUAAGUACUAAAUAGUCUCUUGGUAAUUUAGGAGAGGGAUCAUCCUACCUGAGUGUAAACUCAGGUAUAAAUCCAGUAAAGAAGGUUUAGUGAAUUUUACAUAAGUCGGAGCCUAUCAUUUGAUUCUUUUUUAUGGUAAAAAUCUAAUUAGUGUGAAGAGAUGAGAAAUUUCAUGUGAAGCUUUUUAGCCAUCCAAAAGUAAAAUCACUCAUGCACAAAACUACCUCCCAAAGACUUGUCCCAGGUCCCUAAUAUCAAAAAAUUAAGAGUAUAAUGGAAGAUAGCACAAUCUUGUCAAGUUGGACAGUCGGCAACAAACAAAAAAUGAAAUAUGACUUUUCAUGUGAACUCUACAGAAUGUCUACAUAUUCAACUUUCCCCACCGGUGUUCCUGUCUCAGAAAGGAGUCUUGCUCGUGCUGGUUUUUAUUACACUGGUGUGAAUGACAAGGUCAAAUGCUUCUGUUGUGGCCUGAUGCUGGAUAACUGGAAACAAGGAGACAAUCCUAUUGAAAAACAUAAACAGCUAUAUCCUAGCUGUAGCUUUAUUCAGAAUCUGGUUUCUGUUACUAGUCUGGAAUCCACCUCUAAGAAUACUUCUUCUCCAAUGAGGAACAGUUUUACACAUUCAUUAGCUCCCACUUUGGAACAUAGUGGCUCAUUCAGUGGUUCUUAUUCCAACCUUUCACCAAACCUUGUUAAUUCUAGAGCAGUCGAAGACUUCUCCCCUUUGAGGACUAACCCCUACAGUUAUGCAAUGAGUACUGAAGAAGCUAGAUUUCUUACUUACCAUAUGUGGCCAUUAACCUUUUUAUCACCAUCAGAAUUGGCAAGAGCUGGCUUUUAUUAUAUAGGACCCGGAGAUAGGGUAGCCUGCUUUGCCUGUGGUGGGACUCUAAGUAACUGGGAACCAAAGGAUGAUGCUAUGUCAGAACACCGGAGGCAUUUCCCCAACUGUCCAUUUUUGGAAAAUUCUCUGGAAACGCUGAGGUUUAGCAUUUCAAAUUUGAGCAUGCAGACACAUGCGGCUCGACUGAGAACAUUUAUGUACUGGCCACCUCGUGUACCAGUUCAGCCUGAGCAGCUUGCAAGUGCUGGUUUCUAUUAUGUGGGUCGAAAUGAUGAUGUCAAAUGCUUUUGUUGUGAUGGUGGCUUAAGGUGUUGGGAAUCUGGAGAUGACCCAUGGGUGGAACAUGCCAAGUGGUUUCCAAGAUGUGAGUUCUUGAUAAGCAUGAAAGGGCAGGAGUUUGUUGAUGAGAUUCAAGCUAGAUAUCCUCAUCUUCUUGAACAGCUGUUGUCAACUUCAGACACUCCUGGAGAUGAAAAUGCUGAUCCACCAAUUGUUCAUUUUGGACCUGGAGAAAGUUCUUCUGAAGAUGCAGUCAUGAUGAAUACACCUGUGAUUAAAGCUGCCUUGGAAAUGGGCUUCAGUAGAAGCCUGGUAAAACAGACAGUUCAGAGUAAAAUCCUAACAACUGGAGAGAAUUACAAAACAGUUAAUGAUAUCGUGUCAGCACUUCUUAAUGCUGAAGAUGAAAAAAGAGAAGAGGAGAAGGAAAGACAAACUGAAGAAAUGGCAUCAGAUGAUUUAUCAUUAAUUCGGAGGAAUAGAAUGGCCCUCUUUCAGCAGUUGACGUGCGUGCUUCCUAUCCUGGAUAAUCUUUUAAAGGCCAAUGUAAUUAAUAAGCAAGAACAUGAUAUUAUUAAACAAAAAACUCAGAUACCUUUACAAGCAAGAGAACUCAUUGAUACCGUUUUAGUUAAAGGAAAUGCUGCUGCCAACAUCUUCAAAAACUGUCUAAAAGAAAUUGACUCUACUUUAUAUGAGAACUUAUUUGUGGAAAAGAAUAUGAAGUAUAUUCCAACAGAAGAUGUUUCAGGUCUGUCACUGGAAGAACAGUUGAGGAGGCUCCAGGAAGAAAGAACUUGUAAAGUGUGUAUGGACAAAGAAGUUUCUAUUGUGUUCAUUCCUUGUGGUCAUCUGGUAGUAUGCCAGGAAUGUGCCCCUGCUCUAAGAAAGUGUCCUAUUUGCAGGGGUAUAAUUAAGGGUACUGUUCGUACAUUUCUGUCAUAAAAGAAAAAUAGGCUAUAUAUUAGCCUAUAUGUAAAAAAGUCUUUAAAAUAUUGUUGAACAUUUGAAGCCCUCUGAAGCGAAAAAAGAAUUGUGGGUUCUUUAAUAAGUAGCAUUUGUAUUCUACUCUGCUUUGGUACCAGUAAUCUUGUAUUAAAAAAAAAAAAAACCCCAGAUAGUCUCAUAUAUUGUAUUUAAUCUUAAUCUCUGUUUAAUGAAAGAGAGGAUUUAUGAUUGAUUGAGCUAUGUUAGUGUACAUGUGUAAAUGGGAGGAAUUAAAGGAGGUGUCUCAGUGCUAUUAUGUGUCAUUUCAGGAGAGACUGGAUUUGGCAUUCUUUCUGAAAGCUUUGAUUACUAGGUAAGAGUGUAGUUUAAAAGAACUGGAAACCAGGAUCUCUGGAGUUUAUCAAAGUUAUGGUGUCAAGUUCUCUGGUGUUUUUUCACUUGUGUUAUAAAAUAAGGAUUUUUCUCUUACUGAUAAAAAGCUUUUCCCUAAUUUGUGAGAAACGUCUUAAUAAAGUUCUUUAAAAAGACUA